AUGGAAGAAGAAGAUGGCGUUGAUGAGGAAUGCGGACUUUCAGCUAUAAGCGGACGGAUAUUUGGCGGAGUGACUUUUCCUCAAUGUGAAUGGCCCUUCUCUCCUAUGGUAUCACUGCGCUUUUUCUUCCCCAACUACCCGGAUUACACGAACGGCAACCUGACGCUGUGUGCGGGCGCCAUACUGAACAACAGAACCAUCCUGACAACGGCAGUGUGUGCUGGGUUCAUCAACACGUUCAGCGCCAACCAGCAGUCGACUGCCGCCGUGGUGGUGGGCGAGUACGACACACGGACGACGGACACCGACCCCGCCAACCCCGCAGUCGUCGUGGAGGAGAUGAAACUCAUAGCGGCUGUACGGAUACACCCGAACUACGACCGCUCCACGCUAGCAAACAACUUGGCCAUGCUGCGCCUGACGUCACCAAUUCAGUACCACCGAUGUAAGGUUCCGGCGUGCAUGCCAGACGCAGCGUCUUCGAGUGACGACUGUCUACAGAACGACGACACCUGCAUGAUGGCAGCGUGGGGGACGUCCAGCCGUAAGUAUUGGCAAGACCCGCUGGAAACGGGGGGUGGGGGAUUCAAAAGAGGAGCUGAGUAA